AUGGAGACUUCAAGUCAAGAAAUUGAAGACGGGGUUAAUAUAGCGACAGCUGUUAGGAUCAGACCUAUGCAUGCUGCAGAAGUUGUGAAUGAGCUGCCUUCAAGCAUCUCAGGUUGUACUACCAGUAAUAGAGUUAUAUGAGAUAUGAGCCAUAAUUCUAUUUAUUCAAAUUCACCUAAAGUAUUUGGAUAUGACCAUGUCUUUGAUGAAUACUCUAGUCAGGAAGAAGUCUACACUCAAGCAGUCGCAUCUUUGGUGGAUUCAUUCUUGGAUGGAUAUAACUCAACAGUGUUUUGAUAUGGAGAAGGAGGAUCAGGCAAAACAUAUACUCUUUUAGGGGAUGAUUGCUAUUCUUCAAAAGAUCAAAGAGACACUGGUAUGAUCGAUUAUUGACUUCAACAAGUAUUCAAUGAGAUAGUCCGAUUUGAAGAGUGUCAAUUAGAGCUUGGAUAUUUUAUGAUAUGAAAUGAGAAAAUUUAUGAUCUUAUUAGCUCUAAAGAUGAAGCUCUUACUGGUAAUGUCAAAGAUUUAUCAAAAAGAUGGAAAUAUGAGAUUAAUUCUAUUGAAGAAGUGAAUGAAUUGAUAGACAAAGGAAACCUGAAAUAUUGGAAAAUCAGGGAAAAAUAAAUGUGCUACCAAAGCUCAUAAAAUCUUUCAAAUUACUCUUACAACAAAAGUCAUCUCAGCUGAAUUAGCUUUAAUUCCUCGAACUCUGUCAUUGGUAGAUAUGGCAGACAGCUCAAGAAUUUCAAAAGCAUCUGCUUGAGGUCAGACUCUCAAGGAAGCAGUUUAAC